AUGGGCCCCUGUACCGCCUCCUCAUGCUGCUGCCAGGCCCGUAAUCUGCCAUGGGCCCCCGUACCGACUCCUCAUGCUGCUGCCAGGCCCGUAAUCUGUCAUGGGCCCCUGUACCCGCCUCCUCAUGCUGCUGCCAGGUCCAGAGUGUGUCAUGGGUCCCUGUACGGCCUCCCAUUGCUGCUGUCUCCAUCGCCACACUCUGCCAUGUGCCACUUUCAGGUCUCCUCACACUGCUGCCGUGCUGGUGGGUUCCAUUUUGUCAUAGGGUGCUGUAUGGCCUCCCAUUGCUGCUGCCAGGCCCGUAAUCUGCCAUGGGCCCCCGUACCGACUCCUCAUGCUGCUGCCAGGCCCGUAAUCUGUCAUGGGCCCCUGUACCGCCUCCUCAUGCUGCUGCCA